AUGGUGUCGUAUUUCUCAGAGCUUGAAUCAAAUGGAUUGCUAAAGAAGACAAAGCCUCCAAGCUUGGUUAGCUUGUGCCUUGGACUCGUUGGGAAGCAUUUGGAGGAUAUCAUCGAAGACUUGGCAGCAAUUGCAAGGAGAAGAAGGCUCCUCAAUGAUGAUGUCAUCAUCUCUUUGGCUGAUAGUUCCUGGGAAACUCUUGACAUUUCUGUUUCAGAUGUCUCUGAUCUUGGCUUAGGGAAAGUGAUGGAAGCAUGCAAAUCUCUACGAGCUGUGGAUAUUAGUAGGUGUGAUAAAAUCACAACCGCUGGUUAUUCUGAGCUUGUGCAGAACUGCCAUUCAUUAGAGACAUUAAGAUGCGGAGGUUCCCCAAGGAGUGACUACACUGCACGUAGAUGCUCGGGUAUAUUUAAACCAAAGCUGAAUGAUGUGGAUGGCGAGUCAUGGGAGGAGCUCGAUACCACUGAAAUUGCAAAUGGUGCGGAGUCCCUAGUCUGGAUUGUGUGGCAAAAUAUUGAUAAAGAUUCUUUGGAGAUUUUGUGUACUGAAUGUCCAUGCAUUACAGUAAAUCCCAAGCCAUCACCCUUUGGUUUAAGGGAAGCCGCAGUUCCGAGGGAAGCAUUACCUAAUAUUACAUUGGAUGAUCCAGUUGUCAAGGAUAUUGAUCCCUCAACAUGGGCAGUGUGUGGGUUUACUCGAAAGGCUGUUUCUCCAUCUCUUUCCCUCGCUGAAAUGUCUGUUGCCGAAAAAUUUAGACUUGCGUUUGUCGAAAGAGAUACUCGGUUAGCUCCAAAACGAGCAAAGAAUGCAAGGCAGCAUCAGCGGCGUGCUGAGAAGGAGUGGAUGAUGAUGAAUACGAGAGCCAAGGCACUAGCUCUGGCCUCACAAGUGAGCAAAACUCUACACAGUCGGAAUUAAUGUCCCACUAUUCAUAACAUAUUUGUGUGCCAUCCAACUCUGUAAUGUGUUGUGCCAGUUUUUAGUCUUCUGGAUAUGAAAAGGGAGAAGAUGAGCCUUUUCGAUUAUCAAUCUGGAUUUUAGGAGGAGAUUCGCUACAGAAACGAGAUAAGCUAUAUUGGAAGACGAGGCCACUGGACAGGCUGAACAUGGUGUUGUGGACGAUCUUAGGGAUUCUGGUCUCCAUGAAUCAUGAUGAUAUGCGACUUCUUGGUGAUACAGCAGUUCUUUUUAAAUGAGAAUAUAGUAAUUUAGUUUGAUUUGCUUAUGAAUAAAUCUGGGCAUCAGCCACUGUUUGGCUGAAGCCGGUAUACACCUGACGUGGCAUUAGUGUGAUUUUACGUCCUUGUCCCUUCGCGUGUUCCCCCGCUCUGAACAUUGAGUUAAUUUUCAAAAUCAUCUUCUCUCUCUUCCCCUUCCCCAACCCGUCCCUUCUCCUUCCCCCUCCCCAACCCGUCCCAUUCAUCUUUCUCUUUCCCCACCACCGCUUGGCACCCCCCGUAGGACACCAUACCCAGCCACUGACCUAUCGUCUCACCCCAGCACACCAAACCCCCCCUAGCGUCGAAGCCCCAACCCCAGCAAACCACCCCCCCCCCCCCCGCGUCGAAGCCCCAACCCCAGCAAACCCCCCCCGGCGUCGAAGCCCCAACCCCAGCACACCAAACCCCCCCAACAACUCGAGUCACAUCCCCCCCACACCAAACAGCCCCCGCGUCAAAGCCCCAUCCCCAGCCCCUGUUCCCUUCGUCUCACCCCACCACCCCAUCCCCUCGCGUCGAAACCCCAGCCCCUGUUCCCACCGUCUCACCCCCCCCCCCCCACAACCCGAGUCGCAUCCCCCCACCACCCCAUCCCCCGCGUCCCAUCCUCACCCAAAAACCCUGCCUCGCCCGGUGAAGCCCCCAUCCCCACCAGCCCAUCCUCCCGCGUCCCAUCGUCCCCCUCAAAAAGUCAAAAAAUAUUGGGUUUUGUUCCGAGUGUACGCAAAUUUGAUCUUCUGGUAUGUAUAAAUCUUAAUCUAAUUUUUUGGGUGUUGGUGCCGUAUGUAUGUAUAAACCUAUUGAUAUGUGGGUUAUUUUGCAGAUAUUGAUCUCUAAGAAAUUCACCAGGUAAGUCACGGGUAGUCUGUAGUUUGCUCAUAACUUGUUAUCCUAUAAACAUGUAGAUUUACGGGAUGAUGCUUGUAUAAUAUAUUUUUAAAUCUAAUGAAUGAAAUUGGAAACAUGAUCUUGUUGGAUCUCUAGAAGUUUUGUUUGGUUGUAGUAGUUGUUGAUGAUUUAUUAAAAUUUGGACGUGUUAUUUAUCUUUUCAGGAAUUGUCUUAUGUCAAUUUUCUCUUGAAAAAAUUAUGUGAAAAAAUUAACUGAAUAAGCUUUUGCUUAGGUAAUCCCCCCAGUCUUUGAUUGUUUAUGCUUUUGUUUGGGUGUUUUGGUGAAGGUCAGUGUUUUCUGAUUUAGGGAAGGCGUUUUAUGAUUAUAUAUUUGUGCAUGAAUUUUCAUAUUGGUGAAGGUGAAGGUCAUAAACCCAUAUUUCUACAUCCUUGUAAAACUGUAAAAACUGUAAAACUGUAGGGAUGUAAAACUUUGACCAGAUUUUCGUUUGGCCUUCAAAUGUAAAAUCAGCCGGGAUGAUUCUCACAUACUCUGAGCCAAUUGUUAAGAAAUUCCUGUAGUUUAAAACUAUGACCAGAAAUCAGUUUUAGAAACUCUUCAUUAUCUUAACUGUAUUUUCAUUGUUUAUAAUUUGUUUUUUGACUUGUAUUUUCAUUGUUUAUAAUUUGUUUAUAAUUUGUUUUUUGACUUGUAUUUUCAUUGUUUAUAAUUUGUUUUUGGGCUAUAUAAUAUGGUCUUCUAAGGCCAUUGUGAGGCUUUGUGCAGAAGUUGUAUCUUCCUUAUAAGACUAUUUGGUUUAUAAUGUGUCAGGAAGAAUGGUGGAUUAAAAUGUUGAAUAUGUUGUUUAUUGAUUUUACACUUUAGUCGUGAACCAUAUUUUGAUUAAAAUAUUCUGUCCUUUAAAUUCCCUUCAAUCUUUGUUGCUAAGACAUCCACUAGACUCUAUUACGAUAUAUUAAAUUCUGUAAAUGAGAUAGACGCUUGCAUUUGGAACUUGCCUUUAGUUUUUCAGAAUCACGCAUGGAAUCAUCCCAAUCUUCAUCGUUCUCUAAUGAUUGUCCACUGGAAUCACCAAGUUGUUGGUGUGGCUUGAAAACACGACUAAAGACAUCUCACACUAAGUCUAAUCAUGGAAGGAGUUUUUUUGCCUGCCCAAAGUAUGAUAUGGGAGAUACGAGAUGUGGAUUUUUCAUUUGGACGGAUAUAUUUAAUUUGCUAGAUCAGAACUUACGUACGAGGGAGAAUAAAGUUUGGAAUAUGUGGGAUGAUGUACUUCUUCGCGAAUAUGAAGUUCAGAAAAGGGAAGAUCAAGUAAGAGAAAGAGAGAGGAUGCUUAAAAAGAACCAUCGAAUAUUAUUGUGGUUGUAUUGGGUUGUUGUAAUUGUAAUAGUUUUAGCUUGGUUCGGGUAACUCAUGCCGGAAAUGUUGACGUUGUUUUUGGUGAUAAUUGUAAUAUGUAAUCCUACUUUCUCUAUGUGGAAAAUUAUGUUACACAAAAGGGUGAUCUUGUAAUUAUGGUGUACAAAGGGGAUAUCUUUGUACAGGUUCCGAAACUAGUUUUGGAUGGAAUGAAAUUCUACUUUUUAA